AUGGUAACUCUCCCUGAAAAAUUUGAAGCCAAGAUUUCUUCUCUUGAAGAUACUUGGAACAUGUCACAAAUAUCAUUGAAUGUGCUUUUAAAUGCUCUACAAGCUGUAGAACAAAGAAAAGCCUACAGGGAAGAAGAAACCUUGGGAGAGAAGGCUCUUAAUCAACAAACACAAGCCCAUCAUGCACAAAUCACCGAAAAUUCUGAAAAGUAUGAAGAACAACUAUUUACUGCAAAUGAAAUCGAAAAAUGUGAUGUCUCAAUUGAAGCUAAAGGAGCAUGGCUAGUUGAUAGUGGCUGCACUAACCACAUGAAACCAAAUUUGGAGAAUUUCGAUAGCUUGGAUGCAAACUAUUCUUCAAAAGUCAGACUUGGAGAUGGUAGGCUUGUUGAUGUCAAAGGCAAAGGAGAUGUGAUUGUACAAACUCCUUCAGGUACAAAGCACCUCCUUCAGGUACAAAGCGAGUUUCCGAUGAGUGUCAAAAAAUUCGAUGAGAAAGGUGAAUGGAAUUGGAGUAAAAUGGAACCAGAAAAUUCUAAAUCAGUUCUUGAACAAGAUCAUUUCCAGCAAGAGCAAGAACUUCCGGUUGAUAAUGAAGAAGAAUCAAAUGAAGAUGAUUAUGCAAUUAGAGGGACCAGAUCCCUAGAGAAAAUUUACAGCAGAUGUAAUGUUGUCUCACUUGAACCAACUCAGGUGGAUGAAUCCUUAAAAUUGCCUAAGUGGAGAGCUGUCAUGGAGGAGUAG